AUGGAGCCAUUGGCAUAUUAUGAUCAACAAUUUGUGCCAUUAGAACACUCUUACCAACCGGCCACAACCAAUUCAUUGACACAUCAAUACACAGGUGAAAAACUAAAUCAACCCAAUAAGCUGCCUGUAGUCAGAGUGCAAUCCCAUAGUAAUCACCUUGCAGCGCCUCCAGUUAACUCUAAGAAGUUGGUGCAGAGCUGCUCAGUAUUGCCCUCUGCCAAGUCUCAGGACACAAUUUCACCGGGUUUCUAUAACAAGGCUCCAAAAGCACCAUUAUCCCAAUCCAAACGUCAGGACACACCUGCACUAGACCCCCACCAGAGAACUUCACUGUGGCCUAAUCAGAGAGCCUUGAGCUCACCUUUGAUCCACCAUAAAUCCCAGGCAACACCUUCACUUGAUCUUAAUAAGACAUCUUCAUCACUGGAGUCCAGUCAAACAAACUUGAGCUCACGAUUACCCUUCCCCAAACCUCAGACUACAUCUUCCCGAGACUUUUGCUGGACAUCACCUUCACAGAAGUCUAAUCAAAGAGUCUCAAGUUCAUCAUUAUUUCCCCCCAAACAUCAAGAAACACCUUCCCUAGAUGUCCUCUGGAAAUCAUCUUCUUUGGGACCUAAUCAAAGAGUGCUUGGCACAGAAUUACCACAGUCCAAGCCUCAGAAAACAUCUUCAUUGGAUGGCCUUUGGACAUCUUUAUUGGAGCGCAAUCAAAGAUCUUUGAGCUCACUAUCACUCAACUCUACGUCUCAAAUACAUGACUUGCUUCAGUCAUCAUGUUCAUUGGAAUCCAAUCAAAUGGCUCUGAGCUCACCAUUAUCUGACUCCAAACCUCAGACAACAGCUGCAUUGAGCUCUAAUUCCAUUGUUCUGAGCUUACCAUUGUCCCAUUCAAAACCAAGGAAAUCACCUUUAGCACAUUCUGUCCACCAGACUAAGAGUUUGCCAUUGUUCCCACCUAAAUCUCAGACAGUGCUUACACUUAAUCGGGACUUCAGGACCCUCAGCUCACUGGUUUGUCACUCCAAGUUUCAGAAUACCUCUUCACCAAAUGACAAAUACAGGGCCACAGAUUUAUCUUCACCCCAGUAUAAACCAAAUGUCUCAGGUCAAUCAUUAUCAAGCUCUAAACACUUUAUCAGGAGCAUAGCUGCUUCAACAUUGGGCUCCAGAUUCCAGAAUAAAGGCAGCUUUGAUCUUUGUGCAAAGACAGCAUCAAAUAAAGAAAUAUCAUGGAAUUUAGAUUAUAUUCAUCCCUGCAUUGUUAAAGGUGGAAGUGUCCCUGAUGAUGUUGUAAAUAAAAUUGUCAAUUCCCUCUCCAAGACCAGAAUCCAGAGGGAUCUCUGUAGGCAGAUUCUCUUUCGAAGAAUGAGGGGAAGGCCAAAUCCUCAUCCUGGUCCCCGACUUUCAUCAAAUUAUAUAGUAUGUUUAGCUUGUGCUUCCUGCAUAAAAUCUCAAUGUAACCAUCUUACGGGAAGGAAAGAUCCUCAUGGCGCAACGCUAUUUGUCAUCCCAACACCUGAGCUCAGUUCUGAGAGGGGAAUAGAAGUGAAAUUAGUUUUUCUCCUCUCCAUACCAAAGACUUCUCCCUCAUCUGGUCUUCCAUCCUCGGUGAAAGAAAAUCAGCCUGAUGAAAUCCCUGAAGACAACUUUGAAGGAAUGGAAAAGAUACAAAUUCUCUCUACAUCUGAACCUGAUAUCACCCAGGAGCUAAAUAGGAAGAACAAUGGGCUGACAGCAGCCUCUGAAGACAGAGUUGUAAGCCAACAACCUCAGGCUAUUGACUGGCUACUUUAUGUGAAGAAAAAAUAUGCUAAUGACAGUAUUCAUGAGCCAAUUCAUGCUAAUCUGUUUCCCUAUCUCUAA